CCUGCCGCUAUGGAGCCCCUGCCCCGGUGCUGCCCCUGCAGGACGAUCCGCUUGGUCUUGUGGGAAUUGCAGCCCCUGCUCUGAGUGGAGCCCCCCGCACCCGCCGGACUCUCCACGCCGGGGACCCGCUGGCGCUGAGAAUGUGCAACACCACCCUGAUGAGCUGCAACGUGGAUUCCAAGAUCGACCACCUCUUCCCCCCCACGCUGUACAUCAUGGUCAUCGCCAUGGGGCUGCCCACCAACUGCAUGGCGCUGUGGGCCGCCUACCUGCAGGUCCGGCAGCACAACGAGCUGGGCGUCUACCUGCUCAACUUGUCCGUGGCCGACCUGCUCUACAUCGCCACCCUGCCCCUGUGGAUCGACUACUUCCUGCACUACGACAACUGGAUCCACGGGCAGGAGUCCUGCAAGCUCUUCGGCUUCGUCUUCUACACCAACAUCUACAUCAGCAUCGCCUUCCUGUGCUGCAUCUCCGUGGACCGCUACCUGGCCGUGGCCCACCCGCUGCGCUUCGCCAAGGUGCGCCGGAUCAAGACGGCCGUGGCCGUGAGCGCCGUGGUCUGGGCCAUCGAGAUCGGGGCCAACUCGGCCCCGCUCUUCCACAACGAGCUCUUCCACGACCGCUACAACCACACCUUCUGCUUCGAGAAGUACCCCAUGGAGGAGUGGGUGGCCUGGAUGAACCUCUACCGGGUUUUCAUCGGCUUCCUCUUCCCCUGGAUGCUCAUGCUCUUCUCCUACCAGGGCAUCCUGCGGGCCGUGCGUGGCAACGUCUCCACCGAGCAGCAGGAGAAAGCCAAGAUCAAGCGGCUGGCCCUCAGCCUCAUCGCCAUCCUCCUCUUCUGCUUCGCCCCGUACCACGUCAUCCUGCUGUCCCGCAGCGCCGUCUACCUCAGCAAGCCUUGCGACUGCAGCUUCGAGGAGAAGGUCUUCGUGGCCUACCACAGCUCGCUGGCCUUCACCAGCCUCAACUGCGUGGCCGACCCCAUCCUGUACUGCUUCGUCAAUGAGGGGGCCCGCGGCGACGUGGCCAAGGCCCUGUCCACCCUGCUGCGCUUCCUCACCAGCUCCAAGCCCCAGGAGAUGGCCACCGCCUCGCUUACCCUGGACACCCCGCUCUCCUCUAAGAAGAGCAGCUUCUGCCGGCUCCCCGCGCCCCCUCAGCCCCUGCCCCCGCCCCCUCCGGGCCCACCCGACGAGGAGCUGCAGAUGAAGAUCUUGACUUUCAACCCAUGA